AUGGAUGAGAAGAGGAGCCGUAGUGCCAGUCAGACACAGCCCUGUCCGGACCCGCGAGGUGCCGCCGCCGCCACUACCGCCGCCAUGCCAAGUCGCCUCCGCCAUGUCAUGCGCAUGACCCUCUCCCUCGUCGUUGCUCUCGUCGUCCUCUACCACGUCUGGACCGGUGCGCCACAGCUGAGCCGGCAUGGCGUGGCUACUGGCCCAGUCUCCGGCAUCAACAAUGCGAACCGUCUGGUGCCCUUGGAGGCGCACAUCAUCAGCAAGUGCCCAGACACGAGGGAUGCCCUCCGGGAGCUCAUACUCCCCGCUAUGCAACGCGUCCACGACAAAGUCGACUUCAAGCUCAACUACAUCGGAACCCCCACCGCCAACGAUGGGGUCGAAUGCAUGCACGGCCCGUCCGAAUGCCUCGGCAAUAUUAUCGAGCUCUGUGCGCGCGAGCUGUACCCGGACCCCAAGAUCAACUUGGGCUUCAUCAUGUGCUUGACCAAGGACUACAAAGACAUUCCCAAGCGGGCUCUUAUCGAAGACUGCGCCCUGGAGCACGCCGUUGACUUCCAGUCUCUCAACGAGUGCGCCACGCGCGACGACGGCGCACAUGGUCUGGAGCUGCUGCGCACGAGCGUCGAGCGCACUGCUGACGUAUGGAGACACCACCGCGAGACACUACCGAGAGGGUUCUAG